UCAAUUCGCAUUUCUCGUCUCCUCAAUAUGGCAGCUUAUGCCGCUCUUGCUUCCCUUGUUCAAACUACAGUUAACAGAAAUCAUUCCAAAUCUCACUUCUCUACCUAUGCAAAAGAGAAAAUUGGAUCCAUCCACGAGUAUGCCGUCUUCUUGCUCACCUUCCUCGAAUAUUAUCCAGAGAGAGCCAGCCGUUGGGAAGGCAAGUUGAGGGAUUUAGCUCAUGAAGCUGAAGAUAUCAUCGAAGAAUUUACUUGGAGGCUGUCGUUUUAUGGAAGGGUGAAAAUAUCAAGCUUCAAAUUUGAAGAGGAGCUCAGAAAUGUAACGGAAAAAUUCGGUUUAAUUGCUGGAGAUGUGAUGGACGAGCGACCUGCUUACUCAUCUCUUUCUCUCUCAUCAUCAUCAUCAUCAUCAUCCGCAUCAUCAAGAGUUGCAGUUACUGGCAACGGUGUGGCGAUUGGUUUGAAGGAAGAUGUGAUGGCGAUAAAGGAUCGGCUUUGUGGGCUCUCAUCCAAACUCGAAGUUGUACCCAUUGUGGGGAUGGGUGGAAUAGGUAAGACCACUUUGGCUAGAACCGUUUAUGACGAUUCAGUUAUCAUGUAUCGUUUUGAUAUUCGUGUUUGGCUUACAAUAUCGCAAGAUUACAGUGAACAGAAAGUUCUUUUAGGGCUUGUAGAUUCGAUGAAAUUGAUAGGAGAACACGUGUCUACAAUAGAGAUGAAUGAUAUUUCAACUUUGAAAGAGAAAGUGUAUAAAAACCUGAAGGGUAGGAGGUAUCUUGCUGUAAUGGAUGAUGUGUGGAGCACAAAGGUUUGGGAUGAUGUAAGGAUUGUAUUUCCGGAUGAUGGUAAUGGAAGUCGAAUCAUGUUAACCACAAGAGUAGCAGAUCUAGCCGUUUAUCCUGACUCGAGUAGUGCUUCUCAUGAGAUGAGGUUCAUGAAUGAUUCUCAAAGUUGGGAUUUGCUCAAGGGAAAAGUGUUUGAAGACAGAAAUUGCCCACCUGAAUUGGAAGAUGUUGGGAAAAGGAUUGCAAGAAGUUGUGGGGGACUACCCCUUGCUGUUGUCCUGGUUGCUGGAUUCCUGUCUGGUGUUGAUAAAAUUCCAUCUUCCUGGGAGGAAAUUUCCAAAAAUGUGAAUCCAAUCGUUGGUCCAGAGUUGGAGGGGAUUCUAUCUUUAAGCUAUACAUACUUGUCUCAUCAUUUGAGGCCGUGUUUUCUGUUUAUGGCAAUGUUUCUUGAGGAUGAAAAUAUUAGUGCUUCAAAGCUUAUUAGAUUAUGGUUAGCUUCGGGUUUCUUGAAGCAUCAAAAUGGAUGUAGUAAAAGCUUGGAAGAGGAGGCGGAGGAGUAUUUGGAGGAUCUAGUCAAGAGAAAUCUUGUUAUUGUGACUAGUAGGAAGAGUGAUGGGAAAAUCAAGUGUUGCAGCCUCCAUGAUAUGGUACGAGACUUAUGCAUAAAGAAAGCCCACGAUGAGAGGUUUCUUUGUGUUCUCAGUGAUAGUGUUGUUCGACAAGACGUCACAAAUGAGAGGCACAUCAGUUUCAUAAAUGAGCAACAUUUCACUUUUGGGCAGUCUCAUAUGAAUAACAUUUGGGCUCCAACCAUCCGCACCAUUCUAUACUUAAACCUUCUGAACUUUCCUUAUGCGCCAUCCUUUUUACGAUGCUACAAAUUGCUUAGGAUAUUUGAAGCCAUGAGUGAAAACUCUAUUUCAAUCCCUUCAGAAGUAUUCGAGCUGUUUCAUUUAAGAUAUCUUGCUUUAACUUGCUCUUUUAUUCCAUCAGCCAUAUGUAAUCUCAUGAAUCUUCAAACCUUGACCAUCCUUCCAACCUCUCUCAUUGCUCCAACCUUUUAUAGUUGGAAAAGAUACUGGCUAAGUGAUUGUGAUCCAUCAUCUCAUUUGUCAUUACCAUUGGAAAUUUGGAGGAUGCCUCAGUUAAGGCAUAUUUUACUCUGUCAGCCUUACACUCUACCUCAUCCCCCAAAUGAUUCAAAUCCUCCUCUAGAAAAUCUCCAUACUCUUUCAUACAUCAAGAAUCUUGUAUGGAAUGAAAACAUCUUGAAGAUGAUUCCAAACGUCAAAAGAUUGGGACUUGUGUAUAUGACCAGUACAGAGUCUCACCUCAAUCUCCUCAAACAUCUGGAUCAACUUGAAAAGUUGAAGGUACAUGGUUAUCGCGGCUUUUCUUGGCAAAGGCAAAAUCCUAAUUUCCCUAGCACACUGAAGAAGUUGACCCUGGUGGGUGGGAAACUCCCUUGGGAAGAUAUUACUAGGAUUAUUGGUUCGUUGCCUAAUCUUCAAAUGCUUAAGCUACGAGGUCACGCUUGUUGGGGAGAAACUUGGGAAACAGUUGAUGGAGGAUUUCCUAAUCUAGAAUACUUGCUUAUUGAGAUAUUUAAGCUCCAACACUGGAUAACUGAGAGAAGCCACUUACCAAGACUCAAGUGCCUAGUGCUUCAUUCUUGUCCAAUGUUGAGGGAGAUUCCGGAAGGUAUAGGACAAAUUUCGACACUUGAACUGAUUGAAGUGGAUCACCAUAAUAUAUCACUUGUGGAGUCAGCCAAACAGAUAAAGGAGGAUCAAGAGAGCUAUGGAAAUUAUGGUCUUCAUGUUUGUGUAACCCAUUCACAUGAGAUUCGAAGGAAUUCACUACACACCAGUAGAAAGAGGGCUCGUCCAAGCCAAUAUGAUGCAGGGAGUGUUGAGGAAAGGUAAACUAGUCAGCAUUUUCAUUUCUAUUGACAGGGACUUGUAUUUGUUACUGAUUUUUCACCUCGUACUUCUUUUAUUAUCUUCAUCUUCCAUGUUUACAUGUGAGAGAUGAAUUUUAGAAGAUGAUAAUGUUUCGAUUUCCUAUGUGAAUAUAAGAGCUCAAAACUUCUAUAA